AAUUAGGAUCGUGGUUGAAGAUUUUCAUCUGUGUGUUCAUUUUCUGCGCGUCAACAGAUUCUGAUCAUGUUGAUAGAUAAAUGAUGAACUAAUUAUGUUUGUAAUGGGAGAGGCUAAGCACAAAGGAGUAGGAUCUCUUCAAUAACUACAGAGAAGCUUUACUGAGCGAUCAACUGUAGACUAUUGUUCUGGGCUUUCAAGCAUUUGGCAGUAGAUGGCAGAUGAUAUUGAUAGUGAAGAAGAAGAAAGAAAUAUGGAAGAUGAAUUUCAAUGGCUCUUGAAGGCUGAGGUACAUGGAGUACUCAGGCAACUCAAUGCAAUUCUAGAAGAUAGCGGCAGAAGGUUUAACAUCCCUGGUACUGGUAAAGGUACACUGAUCAAGCCAGAGACCUUUGUGCUGUCCAGUUCAAAUGGAACUGACUAUGUGAAAGGCAUUGUGACACUGGUUGGUGACCUACUAUGUAAAGCUGAUCUGACAUUAAGACCACACAGAAACACCAACCAGCUAGUGAAAACCUAUGUUAGGGAUGAUAUGCCAUGGAGGUUACAACAGGUUCAAGAUGUUGGCAAUCAUAUAUAUUCAGCCAUUGAGAUCAUCAAAAGUAAAGAUGUAGACUAUGAAUUCCAGUCAGCAGAGGAGGUUAACAAAUUGAUGGAUGAAAUUCUGAGUCAGCUGAUGCGAGCGAGGCAGAGGUUUCUGAAUCCACUUAUUCCGUCCCUACAAGAAUUAUACCACAGUAGAUACACGAAAUCCUUAACACCACCCUUACCGCAUGAGAGUAUGGUGAACUUUUAUAUCCUGGGUACCAAGCUUGUUCUUCAUACUUAUUAUCUUCAUCCUCUGGCUCUGCCAAAGGCACACAACCAGAAAGGACUAUCAUCUUCAGAGUCAAAGAGCAGAUUAUUAGACCUAGGGCCAAUCAAGUAUGAGUUGUUCUCCCAGAAUACAGUAGAAUGCGCUGUCCCUUGGGUUGAGGAAGUCACAGCCUGUCUGGCCUUUGCAAUGCAACUAUGUCAAGAACUCAAAGACAAGGUGUCCGUGUUUGCAUGCUGUUGGGAUGAGUACAGGUGAUGUACAGCUCUUGCCGAAACCACCAAACCAAAGAUGGUGAAUGGUUACCCUUUCAUUCUUCAUUCAGCACCAUUCCUUCUCGUCUAUUAUAGCAUCAGAGAAGAGUUCAGCCACCAGUCUGUUUCACCCAGCUAGAGAAUCCAAUCUUCCAGAGGAACUAAAGAUUGUACUGCUUUCAAGAAAUCCCUAAAAAUCAUUUAUAUUUUUGCUUACAAGCAUGCAUUAUUUUAUUGCUAUACUUGAAUAGUCUCUCAACAUCUAUGAUAUUUUUGAAGAUCCGAAAUGCAUUUUGAGCUCAGCAUUAAUUGUUUUAUUGCCGUAACAAAAAUCAUGUUUUGUAAAACUAGUAUAAUAUUAAUUAACUUCAGGAAAGUGCAUUGCCAUUAUAUUGCCCUUUGUUGUUAAAAUAAUGAUCGAAAUUCACAAAGAAGGAUGAGAGGGGGGGGGGGGGGUGGCAGGGUUAAACCUCAGCCCCUUUGUCUAAGCACCUUAAAAUAAUCCCAAAUAGAUGGAAUUUGGUCUGAUACAGUAUGUGAUGCAUGUUUACAAACUUAGAGGAAAUACUAAGAAAGGGGGUUAAAAUCUCCAUUGUGAAUUUUGGUCAGUAUCUUUAUUGAGAAAAAAAUAUGAGAAACCUCCAAGAGGUGU